UGGGGAGGAACCCUUUCCACUCGUAUCCAUAUAUAAAGCCACCUCUCUAAGGGUAAGGCAUCACUUGUCAGUUUCUUCUUCUACACACAACAUGAAGCCUCUUGUGGUAGCUUCAUUGCUCUUAGCAGUCGCCAGCAUUGCCCAAUGCGGUGAGGCUAAAGUGGAUGAAAAGAAAACUGAGAAGCGUGGCAUCUUCAGCAGCAGCAUCGGCAGCGGUUUCGGGGGUGGCCACGGAGGUGGCAUCAGCGGCGGUAGCAUCGGGGGCGGCAGCUUAGGAGGACAUGGAGGCGGACUCGGCGGCGGGCUCGGCGGUGGCUACAGCGGUGGCUACAGCGGUGGCUACAGCGGCGGCUACAGCGGAGGCUCCGGCGGAGGCUACGGCGGAGGACUCGGUGGAGGACUCGGCGGCGGCCUCGGAGGUGGAUUUGGCGGCGGCCUUGGCGGCGGCUUCGGCGGCGGCUUAGGAGGUGGAUUCGGAGGCGGAGCCGGAGGCGGCGGUGGCGGCGGUGGUGCUACCGUCAGCACUGUCACACAAACCGUCGGAGUUCCGGUUGCUCAACCCGUCCCCGUUACUGUCACCCGCCCUGUACCAGUCCCAGUGCCACAACCCGUUCCCGUGGAAGUACCUCGCCCCGUUCCCGUUCAAGUGCCCGUUGCCAGACCCGUCGUCGUUCCCAGACCAGUUCCCGUUACUGUAACUCGCCCAGUUCCUGUCACUAUCCCAGUACGCGUACCAGUACCAGUGCCCCAGGCUGUUCCCGUCGAAGUUCCUCAACCAGUUCCUGUCACCGUUGCUCAACCUGUACCAGUUAGAGUACCUCAAACCAUCGUAGUACCUGUUCCCGUCGCUGUCGGAGGAGGCGGCGGUGGCGCCGGUGGUGGAGCCGGUGGCUUCGGAGGUGGAAUCGGAGGUGGUUUCGGAGGCGGAAUCGGCGGCGGCAUCGGAGGUGGAUACGGCGGCGGCAUCGGAGGUGGAUACGGCGGCGGUAUCGGAGGUGGAUUAGGAGGUGGUCAUGGUGGUUCCAUCAGCCUUGGAAGCAGCUACGGUGGCGGAUAUGGAGGUGGAUUAGGAGGUGGUCAUGGUGGUUCCAUCAGCCUUGGAAGCAGCUACGGUGGCGGAUAUGGAGGUGGAUUAGGAGGUGGUCAUGGUGGUUCCAUCAGCCUUGGAAGCAGCUACGGCGGCGGAUAUGGAGGCGGAUUGGGAGGUGGCCAUGGCAGUUCCAUCAGCCUUGGAAGCGGCGGAUAUGGAGGUGGACUUGGAGGUGGCCAUUCGAUCUCUUUGGGAUCUGGAAGUUUAGGAGGUGGAUCUUCGGGAGGACAUGGUGGUGCCACAAGCUAUUCCAGUAUUUCUAUUGGAGGAGGCAAAUACUAAGCAAAGACUUAAACUCACCUCAUUUCAUCAUCUUUCAAAUUUCAUGUCGAAUCAUCUUAUUGUGAUACCAUAAGUAUUUUUGUUGUUUUUGAUGGUAUUGCCAUCUGUGUAUAUAUUUUACGUGCACUUACAAUAAAGUUCUAUUUUACUACAA